AUGAAUGCCAAAUCUGCAAUCAGCAAAGAAAUUUUUGCCCCACAUGAUGAAAGGAUGCUGGGAGCUGUCCAAGUGAAAAGAAGAACAAAAAAAAAGAUUCCUUUCCUAGCUACUGGGGGUCAGGGUGAAUAUUUAACAUACAUCUGCCUGUCAGUGACGAACAAGAAACCAGCUCAAGCAUCUAUAACGAAGGUGAAGCAAUUUGAAGGCUCUACAUCUUUUGUCAGGAGAACGCAGUGGAUGCUCGAGCAGCUUCGCCAGGUCAAUGGUAUAGACCCUAAUCGGGAUUCCCCAGAAUUUGAUUUACUAUUUGAAAAUGCUUUUGACCAAUGGGUAGCAAGCACAGCUUCAGAAAAAUGCACAUUCUUUCAGGUUCUACAUCACACUUGUCAGCGAUACCUUACAGACAAGAAGCCAGAAUUUAUUAAUUGCCAAUCUAAAAUUAUGGGAGGAAACAGCAUACUCCAUUCAGCAGCAGACAGUGUGACAAGUGCAGUACAGAAGGCAAGUCAGGCUUUGAAUGAGCGUGGUGAAAGGCUAGGUCGAGCAGAAGAAAAGACAGAGGAGCUGAAAAACAGUGCUCAGCAAUUUGCAGAAACUGCACACAAGCUUGCCAUGAAGCACAAAUGCUGAGAUACUGCC